CAGCCUGUCAAUACUGCCGGACUGCGCCACCUUCACAGAUGUAGCCACUUAUGUCGACGAUGGCUACUCAGCGGAUGCCUACAACGGCUUCUGAUUGGGCGCCACCAGCCCGGCAGCCAACGGCGUCUGGCAGUGGAGCGACGGCACGGCGGUGGCCAUGGGCGCGCCAUACUGGGCCUAUCAUUCUUCAAACGGUUCGUUGGUAGAACCUUGUUGUAAACCGGAGUUGGAGAACUGCGCUUACAUUCAACCGAGUGGGGGCUGGGCAGUUCACGAUGACUUGUGUGACGUUGCGAAAGAAACUUAUCCCCUGUGCUCAAAAGCUCCAAUAAAUGGUCUCUGCGAUAAUCCCUACGUGUUGGUGGGCAUGCAGUGCGUACACAUCAUCCCGUCCGCUUACCACUGGCUGGAUGCGCGUUCUCAGUGCGCGCUGACCGGCGGAGACUUGAUCAACCUGAAGGACUGCGACAAAUACCACCGAGUGUACCUCUACCUCGACCAGCAAGGCCACAACCCUCUUGGAUAUUGGAUUGGCGUCUCUGACGAAGUGCUGGAGGGGCAGUGGCGCUGGAUUGACGGUUCACCUCUGUCCUUGGAGCUGCCGUACUGGGGAACGUAUGGUGGAGGGCUGCUAGAGCCCGACAACCCCGGCGUGGAGAACUGCCUGGAGCUGAGCUCUGCCUUCAUGUACCGCUUUAGCAGCACCGCGUGCAGCAACGUGCGACGUGUGAUUUGCGAGGCUGACCCCGUCUAGAUAAGAGGUUGUGCCCUCUAGAACUGCAGCUGAAGUAUUUAAAACUAGAGCUGUGGCACUUACAACUA